AUGGAUAGGAUUGUCGCAAAUGGCCUAUUCUGCGAGCUGUACUGGAGCAAGAAGUCCAGCUUCUUGUCGAUGGAGGAUCACUGCCGGUACAUGUUCAUUGGGCAUGUCGAAAGUCGCGCAUAUUCUGCAUCCCUUAAGUACCGACAAGCCUGCCGGUCAGUUGUCGUGGCACAUAAGCUGCAGUAUAUCCAACAUCACCACCAUCUCCUCGUGGCAUCCGGUCCGGAACAGAACUACAUGGAAGUCGAGAGAGACUUCUCUGAUCUCCCGAAACGAAUGGACGAACUCUUGGAGAACCCAGACAAGGCAGAGCGUAUAGCCAAUAACAGUGUCAAAUAUUUCCGAGAGCGAUACCUAACUCCGGCCGCUGAGGCAUGCUAUUGGAGAUCUCUGUGGGAGGGAUGGGCUGAAGUCUCGGCGAAUGUUACCCACGACGUUAAACGGCUGCCGGUCGACAGGGACUUCGGUAUGAAUCUUUUGUGCUGCUUGACAAUGACCGCACAAGGCAGCCUCCGCGGAUUUGGUCAAAAUCUUCAAGGCAGAUUCUUUGCGGAGGGCAACCAGAUUGAAGUGACCGGCUCAUUCUCCCAAUCAGUGGACAAUUUUGAUGCACCAAGCGUGACCCUCACGUACGAAGAUUUGGCCGAUCUCCAAGGUACUUACAACAUUGUUAUUGAUGUCCCGCCGUCAUAUGUUGGCGCAGCCGACUUGAGCCUUAAUCUUAAGAAUGUCCAAAAUAAGACUGCCUCAAUCAGUGGUCCUAUGGUGCCACCUACCAGUGGGAGGCAGUCUGUCUCAGGCUUUGUCCGCUUUGGCUGGGCAAUGUAA